UCCAGUGGCACACGCUCGGACAGUACGCCACGAGCCGCGCUAACGAUUGGUUGUAAAAAAUUUCAAGUGCGCAAAACACAGCAGUUUAAGUGAAUUGUUUACAACAAGCAUUUGAGAAAAACCCAAACGCAGCAGAAAAGUAAUUCGAAACUUGUUUACUUUUGCUUGCACCAGUAGCUUCCAACAGUGCAACGCAACAUUAGCAGCUGCUUCGAUAAAACAGCUAAUAAAUUAUUUUUAAGCUAUUUGGCAUUUAAGUGGAUUUGAAUGUUUUAUGCGCAAUAGCAAUAACAACAACUAAUGUAAUUAAAAAAAAAAACAGCAACUAAAAUAAAAACAGAAAAAAAUAACAUACAAACUAGAAAAAAUUAAAAAAAUAUAAUUGUAGAAAAAUUAAAUACAAUUUGCAGAAAAAUACAGAAAAAACUAGAUAAAGAUAUUUAACAACAACAACAAUUAAAUUGUUGUGAAUUAAUAUUUUCUCCGUUGGCGCAAAGGUAAUCGUUCACCGCCGUUGAACGGUUUGUGUUUUGCGUCGGUAUACUUUGUUGUUGUUGCCAAGCAAAAACCAAUAUAACGCCAACAACGAUUAAUGUACACAAUUUUUUAAAAGCAAUUUAAGUGAGAGUAAACUAUAUAUUAAGUAUACGCCCGGUUGAGAACAGACACAUCUGCUUUUGCGGCGCAUUUUUGUCAGACAAGCAAAAACAAAAAUGUUAUAAAUAAACAAAAACUAUACAAAUAGCAUACAAACACAAAAGAAAUAAAACAAAAACAAUAACAACACAUAAUAAUAAUAACUAUUACAAAUAACUGAUAUGUCGAAUACCAGCGUUCUAUCUUUGAUUUCGCUCGAUACCGAGGCUGUGACAGCGGCCGGCGAUUUUGCCUGGAAUGUCAGCUCGACUGCAGCGCCCAGCAUUGUGGCUCAACCGUUGGCGCUCUAUCACAAUCGACGCCGCUUCUUAUUCAGCGGCAUUGUGCUGUUGCUCGGCGUUAUUGGCAAUUUAUUGGCACUGAUUAUUUUGGCGCGCAAAAAAGCAACAAAAAAUAGCAAAUACACGCUUAUGCUGCGCUGCUUAGCAUCAAACAAUCUUAUCGGCCUGCUCGGCAUGUUAACAACGAUGCUCCUCAAAACUUAUGUGCCAGAGGAUAAGUUCAAGGCCUACGUGCGUUGGGAUUGCACGUUGAAAGUAUUGUGUCGCUUUUUCGGGCUUAGUUCCGGUUGUAUUGCUGCAGUGAUGGCGAUUGAACGUUGGAUGGCCUUGGCGCGACCGUUUAUCUAUCAUAAGCAUAUCACAUACGAACUUGUGCGCAAAACUAUCAAUUCGCUGGUGCUCAUCGCGGUUGUUAUCACUUUUCUACCUUUCAUCGGUUUUGGCGCCUACAUUGACGAGAGUGAUCCGGAAAAUCCGAAAUGUUUGCGUUAUCGCGAUGCCGAAGGCUUUUGGAAUAAAACAUAUUCGGUGUUAUUUAUGCUUUUCGGUUCGCUUUUGUGCGUCGUCAUUGUUGCUUGCAAUCUGUUCGUGACACGCGUGCUCUGCUUCAUCGGACGCACACGCACCACCAAGCGACACAUGCACUACGAUCUGGCGAAUCGCGAGAAGGGCAGCAUGAAUCGCAUCGAGGGUGAACCAAGCAGCGGCUCCUCGUUGUAUCAUCACAGCAAUAGUGUAACAAUGACGGCAGACGCCUCGCCCGAUGAGAUUAAAUUCGCCAAACUGAUGGCAUACCUGAGCAUCUCCUUCGUCAUCUGUUGGAUGCCGCAAAUGAUUGCCAUACCAAUGGCUAUUUUACCGAAUCGUGUGCCUAAGGCGCAUCCCUUCUUCAUUUUGGCCGAUGUGUUGAUGGCGCUGCACUUCACCUCGGAUCCAUAUAUUUAUGUGCUCAGCCGGACGAAGCACUCCUACAUAUUGGGCUUUUUCAAGCGCUGUCGCUGUGAACUACGACGCUCGCAUAGCGAUCAGAGUCGGCUGCGCGCCACCAUCGAGCAGAAUACGUCGGAUUGUGGACUAAACUGAGCUUCGUUGCGUGGCGCUCGAGCGCCAGCGCGUACAAGUAUUUUGUAUUUUUAGAUAUACACAAACAUACAAACGUACAUAUGUGCAUAUGUAUGCGUUUAAUAUAUUUUUUACUCAAUACUUUUUUUUUAUGGAAAGCGAAAAUGUACAAGUAUUUAGAAUUGGUUAGAAAGUAACGGUGAAAAUGCUUAUAACAUAAUGGUUGCUGUUUGGCAAAUGGUUGAUGAACUGGUGUGAAUGCAAAACGAACAAAACCAAAUAAUUAUGCAUACAAUUAUUCCUUAAAGACAUGUCAAAGUAUUUUAUUCUAAAAUUGUACUUAAAAAGAGUAACUUAAAAAUCCCAAAAAGUUUAUUAGUGUUUGUAAUAAUUGCUUAGGCGUGCAUAAAAAGUAAGUUGUAUAGAAAAAAGCACAAACAAUUUUACAAAUUGAAAUUUUUUUCGCCAACAUUUAACUGCACGCAGAGAUCUAAGUAUACUGUCUGUUCAUAAAUACUUUUGUUUAUACGAUUUCGUAGUUCGAUAGUACACAUACACAUAUAAAUAUACUAUAUUAGCUUGUAAGUUGUAAAUACUUAAAUUUGUUUGGCAUAAAUGUAAAUAAAAUAAUAUAUUUUUUAUAUACUUAAAAAAAAAAAUGUUCGUAAGGUUAUUUUAAUAGCUCAGCAUUUUUAUAGCCUGAACAGGAUAUAUUAAGUUUGUUACGAAGUGGGAACUAGUCCCUCACUUUUUGAGAUAUCGAUCAAAAAUUUUGCACACAUCCUUUUCUCCACAAGAAGCUUCUCAUUUGUCCGAACCGAUAUAUGUAUGUAGCUGUCAUACAAACUGAACUAUCAAAAUCAAGUUCUUGUAUGGAACACUUUUUUAUUUGACAAGGUAUCUUCACGAAAUUCACCACGGAUUACACUGGUCUACAGUGAUUUUGUUGCCUUAGAUAUAAGGUCAUCAGUUUUAGAAAUAAAAUAGAUUUUGAAUAUAUUUGGGCUCACAAAUCAGGAACCAUCAACGAUUUUGUAAAAUUUGAUCUCGUUUAUUUUUAAUCUUUAUUUUUAUAUUAAAUUACAAAAAUCAGAAAAUAUGAAAUAAAAUAACGGAUACAUUUACAAUAUCACUUUUCUUUUGAAAAAUAAGGAUACAUCAAAGUAAACAGAGCAAAAAUUGUCGAAAACAUAUACCUUCAAUAAACCUUAUUUUUCGAUAAUUUCUUUUAUAAUGUUCCUGUUGACAAUUUUUUUUUUUUGAAUACCAGCACUAAACUGCCGUCAUAUGGCGAUACCAUCAACCUUGAUACUUUUCUUCCAACACUUUUAGAUUUUGGUUGUACCACUCUACCUGUUCCUUCCUAUUUCCGUGCUGUAGUUCGGAGGUUCUGCGAGUACACAACGAAAUAGCGUUUCAUUUUUAUAUAUUAUAUAAGAUUAAAUUUAUACAAAUGCUUGUGCAUAUACUAUAGUUUAACUUGAUACUCAUAUUUUUUUUUUUUUUU